AUGGCUUAUCAGCUUUCUCAGGUCGUUGCUUCGGCUCUGUUCUGCGCAAAGUCACAGCACAUCAUAUCGGCAAAUUUGCCUCACUUUGGCAUAAAAAAGCAAAGUCACACGACACCCUUAUGUAUUGUCUUUAACACAUUGUCAAAGGUUAAAGGGGAACUUUUGCUUAAUGACUGUUUAUACCCUGAUCCUAAUUUAGCAGAACUCCUGUAUGAUUUUCUCAUUAAGUUCCGCCAAAACCCACAUACCUUAAUCUCUGACAUAUCGAAAGCCUUUCAUAGAGUGCUGUUGUGUCCAGAUGAUACGAAGUAUGCUUAUUUCUUGUGGCGACAGGGGCCUACACGAAUGGCCACAUACACCUUUAAUGUAGUUGUGUUUGGAAUCACCAGCAGUCCAUACAUAUUGCAACAAGUACUCAGAACCUGUCUCCAAGAAAGGAGGAGGGAAGAUCUUGUGAAAUCCUUCUAUGUGGACAACUAUUUACAAACUUACAAAAGUCUAGAUCAAAUGGAAAGUGAUUAUAGCGAAGUCAGAUCCUUACUGGAUGAAUAUCACAUGCCGUUAACGGGGUGGGCUAGUAGCAGUGAGCUGUUUGAUUAG